UUUGCUUUUGCAGAGAAUUCUCUCUCGAGAUGGAACUGAGCUCGUCCUCCGCUCCCGCUCCCGCUCCUCCUGCUCCUCCUGCUCCCGCUCCCGCUCCCGCUCCCGCUCCUGCUCCGUCGUCGUCGUCGUCGGCGGUGGCGGCGGCGGCGUCGUUGACGUAUUCUUCUUCGGAAGCCGCGCUGGUGGAGAGGCUCCGGCAGCGCGGAUGGUCCUUCGACAACGCGGCCCACGUCCGGGCCGUCAUCAUGAUCCAGCGCGCCCUCAUCGACGAUCCCUCCGACGCGGCCGCCCUCGCCGUCGCCGUCGAAUCGGACCUCCUCAACACCGACCUGCGGUCCGUCGGGUCCCGGACCCUCCCCGACCGCAAGGCCUCGCACCUCCACGGCCCCAUGGUCCUCCAGAUAUCUGCGGUGAGGGACAUUGCGAGAAGUAGUAUUGACGAGGCCUCAAAGAGCUCUGGUGGUAAUCGGAUGCUGAGAUUGACGCUGACGGACGGUCACAGCGAGAUGACCGCAAUUGAGUAUGCUCAUAUUCCAUCGCUUCCCGAUGAUGUCGUUCCCGGUACUAAGGUGCGGCUGGAAAAGAAAGUUGCAGUAUACAGUGGGAUUCUGUGUCUAACUCCAACAACAUUAACUGUCUUAGGUGGUGUUGUUCAGUCUCUAUUUGACGAGUGGCAAAUGAACAGAAAAUACUCUGGCUUCUCCCGUGAUUCUUUAAAACUAUCACAGCAAAGUGAUGCAGGUGGCCCUCCCCCAUUUGAGAAGCUGCAGAUCAGGGCUUCCGCACGUCAGUCCACUCAUCAAAGAAGAUAUUCAAACAACCCUGAAACCUCCAAUGGCAAGAAAUUUGAAGGCAGGGAGUCUCUCAUGCCAUUGGAAAAUAGAUCUGUCGUUGGACAGAAGAAUCUUGAAAUAAAGGAAGAUGUUGUGGGAAAUAGUUCGGGAACCACUCCACCUACAGGAAAAGAUGAGGAAAAACCAACUCGCUCUGAGUCGAGGCCAAAAGAAGUUGCUGAUUCUGCACCUGUUCAAAAUCAAGCGGCUGCUCAGAAACUCCUCCGAAAGAUGAACCAACAAGGGAUGCAGAAUCAGCAUUUUAAAGGUCGAAGAAAUAGAGGGAAGGGUAAAGAAGAAGAGGCUCCAGUUUUUACUCUAAAUGAAUGGCAACAAAGAAAUGCCGUUCCGAAGCAGCCAAAUAUGAUUCAUGAUGAGGAAUUGGCAUGGCAGCUUCAGAAUCAAUUUGACUUGGAAGAUGCUCAUCAUGUACUAGAGGGUCCUAAUGAGACAGAAGCAGAAAGAAUCAGGAGGAACAUGUUCAGUUAUGAAAGAGACGAUGAUAGGAAUCAUUCAGGGGGAUACGGAGGUGGACGGAGGGGUAGAGGGAGAGGAAGAGGGAGGGGAAGAUCCCGUGGGAGGGGAAGACGUGGUUGAUUUUCUGCCCCUUCUCAUCUUUCAUGGGUUUGACGUUCACAACUUCAUGUCAGAUACUUGGAAAUGCUGCGGCCAUCACUGGGAUUAUCUUCGUGAAUAUUCUAAGACAGAGAUAAUGGCUAUGUACAGUGGUUUGGUUUCUUAUAGUAGUGGCCUCUUACCAAACCCAGCUAGCUUCAUGUUUACUUACUCGCAGAAGAAACUUUCUCAUUCUUGCAGGAAGGGUUUCUUUAUUUCUCUUUCCACUGAAAUAAGCACAACUGAACUAAGAAAUGCAUGAGAUAAAAGGAAUAGAAAUAGGCUGCUGACCCUUGAGAUAAGGUGCUUGUAGAUGGCACUAACCAUGGCUAUACCUCACAAUGCAUAUGUCAAAUAAUCAGAAAAUAUAUGAUGGUGCAGUGGCAUAACGUACUCAAAUGAUGAAUUAUUUUUCCAGUGUCAAAUUUGCUUUGCAGUGGUGUCCUCUCACCCACUUUGAUUCCACUUAACUCUGUUUUAAGUUUGUAGUGUAUCAUCAUUAAUUAAGAUAAGCUGUAGAUCAUUUUUGUCUUGGUAAUUUCUUUGAAUAUAUCAAUUAAAUUAAUAGUCUCUUCCCUUUUAUUGCAGUGGUCGCGAUGCCAGUCGGUGAGGCUAAGAUUCAGCGUUAUUAUUGAUGUCAAUACAUUCCUUUCUGAGUGAUCGCAUUUCUCACAAUCAAGGAUGAGUAGAUGUUGGAUGCCGUUGUGUAGAAACUGAUGCGGAGAUUUGAAAGGGUAAUGAAUUGGAGGCAACUAUUUAGUUUGUUUGAGGAAGGAAGACAGAUGAGUUUCUGCAAUUAAAAUCCUCGCCUUUUGGUUGUUGUUGUAGCCAUAGGUUUGGUGUUUCACAAAUUGGCCGGGCAAAUCGGGAUUUAGUAGAACCGUGUCACGGAAUGAGCUCAUACGUUGGAUAACAUUUUCAGUCCUGAACCUUAUACAGCAUUCGCGUAUAAUGCAUGGAAUGCAAGCACGACUUUGCUUUUGGUUUUAA